CCAAAGUGCCCAAGUUCAGUGUCGCUGUAGCACGCAGGGGGACUUUAGUAGCCAAUUUGUCUGACUAGGAAUAGUGACAGAGGUCUCACUCCUGGAAGUCCAGGGGGUCUGGCAAUGUCAAAACCGGGGUACACAUAAGAGCAGAAACAAAGCGCAGAGUCAGACUAAGUCCGAGAGAACAUUCUGGUAAAUUCUUGCGCGUUACUUUUAUUGUGGUCAGGGGAUAAAGUAGAGGAUUCAGAAAAUAGAGGGAUUGAGAAGAAGGUGGAGGAGGAAAGCAAAAGGGAGGGGCCUGCUUGCAUUAGAAGGUGGCUGGCUUCCUUAGAGUUGCAUUUGAAGGGUAGAAGAGGAAUCCAUCAUCUGAGAUCUUCUCAACUGGAUCACACUCCUCCAUCGCUCUGUUGCUUUAUCGAUCCGGCAGUCGCCUGCGGGGGUAGUGGAGGAACACGUGGAGAUGAAGAGACCGCACGAUUACAGUUCUCCGGACUCGGAUACGGACGAACUCAUUGAUGUCGGACAGGAGGACAGCUACUGCCCUGUCACUGGGUCCAUGUCUCCAGGCAGUACCUCACAGAUCCUGGCUCGCAAGAAGAGAAGAGGGAUAAUUGAGAAGAGACGCAGGGACAGAAUCAACCACAGUCUGUCAGAGCUGAGGAGACUCGUACCCAGCGCCUUCGAGAAACAGGGCUCCUCUAAACUGGAAAAGGCGGAGAUUCUUCAGAUGACUGUGGAUCACCUGAAACUGUUGCAUGCCAUGGGCGGCAAAGGCUUCUUUGAUGCUCGUGCCAUGGCGGUGGAUUACAGGACUUUGGGCUUCCGGGAGUGUGUUGGAGAAGUGGUGAGAUACCUCAGCUCUCUGGAGGGGGUUGAAUCCUCAGACCCCAUAGGUGCACGCCUCGUGUCCCACCUCAGCCACUGCGCCAGUGAGUUGGACCCUCUCCUCCAGAGCCCGGCCGCCCUGCCCUUCCCUCCCUGGCCUUGGUCUUCCUUCCCUCAGCUCUCUGCAACUACCCCUCCCGGUUCCUCUGCCGCCUUUCCACCAGCCUCUCGCCGCGACCUUCCCCCCCACACCACUGCAGCCCUGCUGGGCUACUCUUCACCAAGCCUGCGUGUGGGACAUCUGAGCGCUCAAGGGGCGAUACUAAGUCCAGCACUGACCCAGAUGCAUAGAGUGCCCUCUAUUCCCGGCCAUCCUCAUAGACUUCAACAGCACUCACCAGGUGGACCCACAAUCCCAUCACCUCUCCAAACCGUGCCGCCACAAUCAUCAACUUCUUCUAACUCCUCCCCGUCCACCGCCCAUCAACAGGUUUCCUUCAGACCCUUUGCACCUCUGGGGUCUCCAACACCAGCUCGUAGGGGUGUGGGUAACUCCAGUAAGUCGGCACAGGGCUGGGGCACAGAGAUUGGGGCGUUCUGAUUUAGAUUUCCGGAGGAGCUUGGAGUUUAUGAGGAACAAAUAUUUCUGGGACAAAUUGUGACAAUUGUCACUUGUGUUUGAAAGGACCUACAAGCAUUGGACACAUUCGAAUGUGAUCACAAAUGUUGUUGACUGGAUGAGAGACUCACAACAGUCAUCAUUUACUCACGCUCUUGUCAUUUCAAACCUGUAUGACUUUCUUUCUUCUGCAGAACACAAAAGAAGAUAUUUUAAGGAAAAUUGGUAACCAAACAGCGGUGGCGCCCAUUCACUUCUUUUGUACAGACACAAAACCAAUGUAAGUGAAUGGGUGCCGACGUGGUCCGGUUAACAACAUUCUUCAAAAUAUC